GCUUCCAGGGCGCGUAUAUUUCGAUGCCUCACCGCGAACUUGGCGUUCGAAAACAGUUUCAGGAGACGUCGUUGCACAAUUUGUCACGAGUGUUUUAAAAAGUUUUUGACGCCAUCAUGGAAGAAAAGCUGGAAGCGCGGACCAAGCUAGAAGCAUUGAAACAGAGCGUUGAACGAGUGACGUGUGAUAAAAACCUGAGCAGAAGGAAGAAGUGGAAAAGUGCUUAAUUGACUACUGAAACCUGAGAAAGCCCACCGCGACCGUAAAUAGUUUGAAUAGACACCGAACAAAUAUGGCCUGACUGUUUGAAGUCAGACGACUUUGAUACAUUGUGUUGUGCCAUGCGCCUGAAACUGAUCAACUCACUAAAAGAGAUGAGCCGGUGCCUGUGUUGACACCAUGGCGCUGGUCUUGCCGCACAAGACUGCUGAGCAACACUCGUUCUAAUUGAGCAUAAAUAUUAAACCACAUCGGUUCGCAAACGGCGAUACCUACCACAUUACCACAAGCACCAGGACGAGCGAGACGACAAUGGAUAGCACUGAAGAUAUUAGUGGCGAAGAUAUCGCUUCGUUACCGAAGAGGCCCCGAUAUUUCCAUGCAUCCGAGGUCAAGCUUCACAACCGUCCGGACGAUAUCUGGGUGUCGUUCCUCGGCCGCGUGUAUGACGUCACGGCGAUGGUGCGGCGCCAAGCGGCCGAUCCGCACAUCAGACCGUUGCUGGCCCACGCCGGCAAGGACAUCUCCGACUGGUUCGAUCCCAAAACGCGUGAUCUGAAGCGGCACGUGGACCCGACGACCCAGGUGUGGUGUCCGUACCUGCCGCACGGCCAGCUGCUGGGCACGCCACCGCCGUACCCAUCCAGCAGCUGGCAGAACGACACUGGGCGACCGUGGUGGCGUGACGAGGCGCUCUACUGCGUCGGCGUGCUCUCGAACAGGAGUCGCAAGAUCCGUCUCGUGAACAUGCUGACGCGCACGGAAACAACGUUGUUGGUGCCGGAGGAGGCCACCCUGUGGGAGAUCCUGCAGCGCCACUUGGCGCACAACGCGCACGCCGCCAGCUACGUCUGGAAGUUCGGUGACCGCGAGCUUGACAUGGCCAAGACCCUCGAGCAGAACGGGAUUCCUAACGAAAGCGAGGAUUUUUACAAGCUGGACUUGGACGAGGACAGCUACCUGCCGGCCAUCUUCCUAUACUACUCGGACGACCUGACAGAGCUAUAGCCGCGGAGAGCUGUACUGUUGCCCCUGCUGACUGUCACCUCGGCAACCAGAUACGGCUGACGUUGUCGUCCAUUGUUCUCGUUACGUCUGACCAUACAAAAAUACAACCCGUGUUUAUCAAUAU